AUGAAAACUGACAAAGAAAUUGUCGGCACCUUGCUGGGCUUCGAUGACUUCGUCAACAUGGUCCUGGAGGAUGUGACAGAAUUUGAAAUAACACCAGAGGGGAGGAGGAUAACCAAGCUCGACCAGAUCCUCCUCAAUGGCAAUAACAUCACCAUGCUCAUCCCCGGUGGAGAAGGACCAGAAGUGUAAAUGCCCGGAGGCCGGUUAACCUUCCUGUGUUGCUGUUCCUGACUUUAUUAUAUAAUUAUUAUUGUUGAUGUCUUGUUUUUUCUUUGGGUUUUUCCUCCUGAUCCUGAAUGAGAAAGAUAUUUUUGUAAUAAGAUUCCUCACUGAUGAGAGGUGCACAUGCUGAAAAGUUUUUCUUUGUUAAAAAUAAAUCCGAGGAUGUCACACAGUCUGAAAAA